AAAAAAAAAAAGUGUAGAUCUUUGAGUUUUUGUCAAACUCCUCACAUCAUAAGUGCGGAAUCUUCCCCCACUUCUCCCCCUCGAAACACAAACUCCUCAAAACCAAAAACCCUAAUUUGAAGAACUCGCUCCUUUUUUCAGAGGAGAGAGAAAAUGGAUGCGAUUCGGAAGCAAUUAGAUGUGUUAAUGGGUGCUAAUCGUAACGGAGAUGUUACUGAAGUUAAUCGCAAGUAUUUCGAUCGAGAUGUUUGUCGUCUCUUUUUGUCUGGUCUUUGUCCUCACGAACUUUUCCAGUUAACGAAAAUGGAUAUGGGGCCAUGUCCAAAGGUGCAUUCAUUGCAAUUACGGAAAGAAUAUGAAGAAGCAAAGGCCAAAGGCGUUGAUAACUACGACAGGGAUUUAGAGGAUGUCAUAGACAGGCUCAUUGUUGAAUGUGACAGAAAAAUUACUAGAGCUCUCAAGCGUCUUGCAGAUGAGGAUGCUAAAGCUGCUAUUGCAAUUUCCGUGUCUGAUGUUACCCAGACAGAAGAGAUCAUAGAGUUGUCCAAGCAGAUUAAAGAGAAGUUGAAAGAAGCUGACCAGUCUGAUCUUGAAGGCAAAACAGAUCUUAAAAUCCGAGCUUUGGAAGAAGUUGAAGAAUUAAGGACAAAAAGAGCUGAUAAACAGUCCAUGCUUCUUUUGGAUGCUUUCAACAAAGACAGAGCCUCUCUACCACAGCCGCUUCCCAAUCCUCCUCCAUUGGCUCCUUUACCUAUGCUUGCUCCUGAUGCUCGUACUCAAGAAUUGAUAAACGAGAAACUGAAGAAAGCAGAGGAUCUAGGUGAGCAAGGGAUGGUUGACGAAGCACAGAAAGCAUUAGAAGAAGCUGAAGCAUUAAAGAGGCUUGCACCAAGGCCAGACCCCUCAGCAGAUCCAGCAAAGUAUACUGCCGCUGAUGUUCGCAUUACUGAUCAGAAGCUACGUGUCUGUGAUAUUUGUGGAGCAUUCUUAAGUGUUUAUGAUAGUGAUCGUCGUUUAGCAGAUCAUUUUGGGGGAAAGCUUCAUUUGGGCUACAUGCAAAUUCGUGAGAAAUUAGCUGAGCUUCAGGUGCUGGUCUGUAAUCACAUUGUUCUUCUGUAAAAGGUCUCGGUUUUGCCAUCUGUGAGUUCUUCUUUUACUUAGAAGAGUGGUUAUUGCAAUUUAUUAUUCUGACUUGGUAUCUAUGCUUACCUUUGAGUUCGAACCGGGCUUGAGAUAGAGAAUGGUGACCAAUCCAUGGAAUUUUGAAGAAAAGGUACAAAGGGAAAGAAUUUGAGCCUCAGGUUAUGGCUGGGGACAUAAAUUAGUAAAUGUUUUUCUAACCUGUACUCCAACUUAGGUUUGAGAUAUAUGUCUAUGACUGCUUCGGUUCAACUUCUAUCAGACAUCACACUUUUAUUGCUUUGGAAAUGGUUUUAUAAAUCUAAUGCGUGGUUAGUUAGCUAUUAAGGAGGUUGAUUUUUGGUUUUCAAAUCUUCCUUGAAUCCGAGGUACUGUUUUGCUUUUCUUAACAUCUGACAUCAGCCUAUUCCUCUGUGUGCAAGAAGCUAGCUUGAAAUUUUGUAAGUGACUUUAUGCUGAACUUUUUUUUUCAUGCUGUAAAUGAAGAGGGAGCAGGGGGGGGGGAGGGUGGGGGGAGAGGUAUAAUGGAAGGGUUAUAUUUUAUUAAAGUAUUAUUAUUAUUAUUAUUUUUACGUAGUAUCUGAAUUGAGCUCUGCAUUAGUACAUCUCUUGUCAUACUAAAGGAAAAGUUGAACUUGAUGGACAUGUACAAAGCAGUGAUCUCAUGAUCUGGUCAAACUCUUCAAAGCACUUGACCGGUCUUUUUUAUCGGCCAUAAACAUCUACUUUUAAGAAACCGCCUGGGGGUUUCUGUCUGCAACAUUCUGUGGGUGUCAGGUUUCUAAUUAUCUGGCAAUACUCACUGCUGGGUCCCACUUACUCCCUGUCAUAUCCUGGUAUUGCUAUAUG